GCGCGCCCAGUUCCGCUGGCGUAAACAUGGCGGAUGGUCCGCGUUAAUUCGAAGAACCAAAAUAAAAACAAAGCGUACUUCGAGCGCGAAAAAAUCACGAGAUUCAACGGGGAAACGCGGCCCGAUGCGUCGAUAACGCGACGCUCGGCCGGGGUCGUCGCCAUGACCUGUGCGUCAGUGUUUUAGACGAGAAUCUCAACUCCAUGCGAGCGACGACACAAUCGGGUUAGGGCCGAGGACGAUGCGUUAGCGAUAGCGACUCCCUAGCCCUCCUCCCCCCAGAUAGAUCUUGUCUACUAGUCAUGGGUAAGCAGAACAGCAAGCUCAAGCCCGAGGUUUUGGAAGACCUGAAGCAAAACACCGAGUUUACCGAUGCCGAGAUCCAGGAAUGGUACAAGGGGUUCCUGAAGGACUGCCCGAGCGGCCAUCUCUCCGUGGACGAGUUCAAGAAGAUCUACGGCAACUUUUUCCCGUACGGCGACGCGAGCAAGUUCGCGGAACACGUGUUCCGCACAUUCGACGCCAACGGCGACGGCACGAUCGACUUCCGGGAGUUCCUGUGCGCCCUCUCCGUCACCUCGAGGGGCAAGCUCGAGCAGAAGCUCAAGUGGGCGUUCUCAAUGUACGACCUCGACGGUAACGGGUACAUAUCGCGCCAGGAGAUGCUCGAGAUCGUCACGGCCAUCUACAAGAUGGUCGGCUCGGUGAUGAAGAUGCCCGAGGACGAGAGCACGCCUGAGAAGCGGACCGACAAGAUUUUCCGCCAGAUGGACCGCAACAAGGACGGCAAACUGAGCCUAGAGGAGUUCAUAGAGGGCGCCAAGAGCGACCCGUCCAUAGUGAGGCUGUUGCAAUGCGACCCGCAGGCCCAGUAGACUGUCGUUUUCGUGGUGGCUUCGAGCGAGUGCGCGUACAUAUACAUAUAUAUAGACUUAAACGUUUGUAUUUAAUCAGUUUCCGAUACAAAAUAUUAUCCAGUAAGUGUUGAUGUUUUUAAAGAUUUUAAAUGUGGCGGGAGGGCGGCGAGCAAAGUGUCGAACCGCCCCCCGCGCGCGCGCCCGGCGUUUUUUUUCCUCCCGCAACCGGGACGCCGCCCUCGCUGUACAUUGUCCGUUCGGCCAUUUUCGCGCGUUUCCGCCGACGUUUCGGCGUUUUUUUCUAUCCUACUACCUACUAUAGUGUCGUCUCUACGUGUAAUUGAUAUGAGAAAUAAACAUUGCUGGUUAUUUGAACUGAUACCGGA